GGAAGUUGAUUUUACUAGGAAAAUAUCUUUUUAUAAAAAUUAUUGUGAAAUCUUUGAGUUACGGAGCUGGAGAGCAGCAAGUUGAAGAUUUUCUAAUCACCUAAUAUCAAUUGUAAAAGCCAUCGCCAUGCUCCACUGGCCAGCACUCGGCUCCAUCAUCCUGCCUAAUGUGGGAGGCUGGACUAACGGCAUCAUCUUCGCCCGUAAGAUCCGUCAGGAAGGCCAACAGUCCUGGUACGAUGAGCUGAAGAAGCCCACCUGGAACCCUCCCAAGUGGGUGUUCGGACCUGCAUGGACCAUCCUGUACAGUGGUAUGGGUUACGCCUCGUAUCUCGUCUACCAAGACUGCGGUGGAUUCACAGAUGAGGCUGUACUCCCUCUGUCCCUGUACGGAGGUCAGCUGCUCCUUAACUGGGCCUGGACCCCCAUCUUCUUCGGUCUGCAUGACCUGAAGCUGGCCUUCAUCGAGAUCGCAGUCCUGUCGGGUGCGGCGGUGGCCACGACCGUGUCCUUCGCGUCCAUCAACAAGACCGCGGGCGCGUUGCUCCUGCCCUACCUCGCGUGGCUCGGCUUCGCCAGCUCACUCUCCUACACCAUCUGGAAGAUGAACCCCAAGGGCCCUCAGGUCAAGGAGAUUAAGGAUGAGAAGUCGCAGUGAAGAUCAUAUUAAGAAACGCUUAAAAAUAAAUCUAUUUACUUAAGUUUAUGAACAAGCAAUGUGUUCCUAGAUUUAGACGCAUAUUACACGCAUCAAGUGCAAUUUAUAUGUAGACUAAGGAUAAUAACUUACUUAGAUCGGUAAGGUCUUUAAAUAAUAUAGUAGUAAAUUAUUUAAAAAUCUGUACUACAAUCUCUACAUGACGUUUGAGCUACAUUCAGCUCAUCUCAAAUAGAACAUCAUGUUUCAGCUACAUUCAGCAUAUUUGAGAUGUAACAUCAUGUUUGGGCUACAUUCAGCUCAUCUCAAAUAAAACAUCAUGUUUAAGCUACAUUCAGCUCAUCUCAAAUAGAACAUCAUGUUUCAGCUACAUUCAGCAUAUUUGAGAUGUAACAUCAUGUUUGAGCUACAUUCAGCUCAUCUCAAAUAGAACAUCAUGUUUCAGCUACAUUCAGCAUAUUUGAGAUGUAACAUCAUGUUUGGGCUACAUUCAGCUCAUCUCAAAUAAAACAUCAUGUUUAAGCUACAUUCAGCUCAUCUCAAAUAAAACAUCAUGUUUAAGCUACAUUCAGCAUAUUUGAGAUGUAACAUCAUGUUUGGGCUACAUUCAGCUCAUCUCAAAUAGAACAUCAUGUUUGGGCUACAUUCAGCAUAUUUGAGAUGUAACAUCAUCAAAUAGUAAAAUUCGGCCUAAGAUUUUAAAUAAUUUACUAUUUUAUAAAACUGAACUGUUGUUUAAUAUAAAUGUCAACUUAUAUUUAAUGUUAUUAAAGCAUAUAUCUAUACACUGUUCAAAUGCUUUACUUACGUCGUGGAAUUAUUAACGCGCAAAUUUUCGCACGAACAUUCGUCAUUUAAAUGUUUUCGAGAAAAACGUCUCCAAAUAAAUAAACAAUCAGUAUUUGUGACGUAUUUUCUAGUAUAUUUAUAUACCAUUUGAUGUAUGUAUGGUUAAAUGUAAGCGUUUGUUAAAAAAAUAUCUGCUUUUUUAUAUUGUUACAGUUUCAUUUAUUUGUUAAGUUGACCACAUGUCUAUUGUCAGCUUUUAACGGUUAAGUUUUUACGAACUGAAACGUCAGAUUUAUACGUGUAUUUAUCAGCUAUUAACACCAAAAAUGUCCAAAAAAAUAUUUUUGUGACCUUCUAACAUAACACAGGAUAAAAAAAAAAUCGUCAAUUUCUGUUCUUAAAUUUCUUUUAUUUCUCUAUCUGUCGCUUCUAUUCACCUUAUACUGAUAGAGAUAGCACGAAUACUAAGAGCAACUUAAAAAUGAGCCAAACGGUGUGUGGUCUACGAUCUUGUAGUAUUAAGAGAAAGUGUCCUUCAGAACUUAAAUAUAAGCAUUCCCUGAAUUGCAUUUAAAAUGCUGACAAACAGACAGGACUUGAGAGUUUAUUUUUUGGUGUAAUUUAUUGUUUUUCGAAUAUCUCUUGUUUGGAGUUGUUUAUGUAAACCUAAAUAAACAAAUUAAUGUGAA